AUGCUCAAGUUGACUUUCUGUCCUCUUUCUUCCGUCAGUCGCGGCUUCUCGCGGCCUCGGCGUGGCCGGGACUCGAACGAGACGGCCAGUCGCCUCUUCAACUGGCGCUGCACCGGCUUCGCCGUCGCUCGACACGACUCCGGACACUCCGUUCGCCGGUCGGCGCUUUCACACUCUGCCCACCUCCACGUCGGCCGUCUCGGCCGCGUCACGAGGCUCGGUCUAUCAAAGCAGCACCAAUUCCGCGACUGCUUUCGGCUCCGCGCGACUCGUCCAGUCCAAUCGGACGGCGUCAUUUGGCGCUGGCUCGAGCUCGUCCGCUCGAGUCCCCGCGGGCCCGAGGACUCGAGUGCUUCAGAUGACCUCAACAACCCUUCGACGCCCGCCCAUUCUAGCCGCAGUUCCAGGUAG